AUGAGUCGGGAGUCUACUGGGCCAAGGAAGCCGCGCCGUCCAGUUCAUCUCCCGGGCCAACGAGCUGCGAUUGCAUGCAUUCCCUGUCGACAGCGCAAGGUUCGAUGUACCAGUGGCUGGCCAUCCUGCAAAGCUUGCAUCAACAGAUCUAUCGACUGCCGAUAUGCAGGGGUAUCUCAGGGCCAUCCGGCCAUGGAUAUAGCACCCCAAGCUAAAACCACAAGCCCAUCGGGCAAUGAAGCCCGAGACUUGUCACAAAUACCAGCCACCGAGCUGGCACAGGCUGCUGAUUUUUUUCGCGACAAUUUUGGCUCAACACUGCUUUUCUUCAUCGACCCACUCACUUUUUCAACCCAGUUCUGCUCUGGAGAACUAUCACCGAGUCUCACUUUUGCAAUUCUCGCGCUGACCGCUCGGUUUAGUCCCUGGAGCUCGAUUGAGGAAUCUCGGACAUAUCAGACAAGAGCCCGGGAGUUUCUUCGGAAAGACAGUAACGAAGUCUCACUCCAUGUGGUACAAGCAUACCUAAUCCAUUGCGUGUACGAAGUUGGCUGUGGCUUUGAAUCUAGCGCUUGGAUCCAUCUGGGAAAUGCUAUUAGGAUGGCACAAAUCCUCCGUUUGUCCGUUAUGGACAAACCCAGCUCCAAUUUUGAUUGGGGUCGGCCUGUUCGAAACCCGAGCGAAGAUGCAAUCACAGUCGAGUUGAAGCGAAGGACAUUUUGGAGUUGCUUUUUUCUCGACAAACUCCUAUCCAACGGCAGAGAUCGGCCAAGUAUCAUUGACGAGAAAGAUAUUUGCUGUCAUCUCCCCGUCUCUGAAGAGGAUCUCAUUUUCCGACGCCUUCACCAACCUUCCACUCUGAGUACUGUCGAUUUGAGUCACGGAACAUCAAGCAAUCUCUAUGUUUCCCUCACCAGCAUAUUGUCGAUCUUGGGGGAGAUAAUCAUCUGGCACGGGCGAGGUGGACGAUAUACUGACCCCAGAGCUCCUUGGAAAGAUGACAUGCCAUUCACUGUUCUUAACAAGAAGUUGAAGGAUUGGCAGCGGCAGGUUUCCAGUCAUCUUCAAUAUUCAAAGGACACCUUUGCUGCAAUCUCAAUGCUGAAUUCGAAUCAGUUGAAAGUAUGGGGCCUCGCUUACUUAUUCUUUUUUCUUGCCAAAAUCUACCUGCUUUCCGAGUAUAUCCCCUUUCUUCCAUCAAAAGGAUAUAACCCUUUUGAUGGCCCUGAAAGGGUGGAAUCGGUGUCUGAAGAGUGGGGAAAUGCUCCGCCACACUGGUGGGAAGGAUGUAUCGAAGGAAUUUCUCGAAGCUCGGAUUCAAUCACCGAGUUGUUUCGUUUAUUGACGGAUAAGCUUGUUGUCUUUCCAGGCGUCUAUCCUUUCAUCGGCUUGUGCUUGAUGAAGACCGCGAUUACUCACCUAUUUUUCACGCUGAUUGAUGAAAAGGGCUUUAGAGAUACCGCGAUUCCACGAAAAGCAGAAGCUCUAUUGCAAGACGACAUCAAAGCCAUGGAAUCUCUAUCUCGGUUCUGGGACCUGCCAAAAUACUGGGUACGCUGA